CCAGCUUUCAACGCGCACGCUCCUUUCUCUCAGCGAUCCGCCGCAAUGAGCAUGCUCAGGCUGCAGAAGCGCUUGGCGUCAAGCGUCUUGCGCUGUGGCAAAAAGAAGGUCUGGCUGGACCCCAAUGAAACCAAUGAGAUCGCCAAUGCAAAUUCUCGCCAGCAAAUUCGUAAACUGGUGAAGGAUGGUCUGAUCAUUAAGAAGCCUGUCACCGUUCACUCUCGUGCCCGCUGCCGCAAGAAUACUUUGGCACGUCGCAAGGGUCGUCAUAUGGGUAUUGGUAAGAGGAAGGGUACUGCCAAUGCCCGUAUGCCAGAGAAGCUUUGCUGGAUGCGUCGCAUGAGAAUCCUGCGUCGUCUCCUGCGUCGCUAUAGGGAGUCUAAGAAGAUUGACAGGCACAUGUAUCACAGUCUGUACCUAAGAGCUAAGGGAAACGUGUUCAAAAACAAGAGGAUCCUCAUGGAGCACAUCCACAAACUGAAGGCUGAUAAGGCUCGCAAGAAACUCCUUUCUGACCAGGCUGAGGCUCGUCGUUCUAAGACCAGGGAAGCCCGUAAGCGCCGUGAAGAACGUCUGCAGGCCAAAAAGGAGGAGAUCAUCAAGACCCUGUCAAAGGAGGAGGAGACAAAAAAAUGAGUGUUCACCUCUUGUUGACUUCGCUUCAGUUGUAAUAAAAAUCCACAAAUCUCA